UCACCCCCAAACCUACAGUGACAGGUUUUGGGGUGCUUCGGAAAACUUCAUUUGGCAAUAAGUAAUAUGUACAAUAUAUACAAAAAUAACUAUUCUAGUCCUUAUAGAUAAACAAACUUUAUCACACACAAUACACAACUAAACACACAGCCUGGUUGGAAGGUGGAAGUUGGAGGGGCCAUGCUGGUCUUGAUGGGUUCCAAUUUAUAACCAGCCCCAAACUCAUUUUACACAGUGGGCCACAUACAGCCCACUUUGAUCUUAAGUGGGCCGGACCAAUGAAACUCCCCUUUCUGUCAGUGUAAAGAAGUUACAUAUUUUUACUGUUUUUCUACAUGAAAAGAAGAAGCUGCUGUGACCAUGUUACGGCUGUGGCCAUAAGAUCUCUGUGUGGGCUGUUUUGUUCUGUCUCUUUACUGUGCUUAAGACUCUUUGCAGGUCCCUCCCUUAAUGAAGAGUAGUGAGCAGCUGAUUGGACUGUGGAACACGUGACCGCGUUCAAAAAGCCGUUCUGACAGCUCCCGCCGGGAAGAGAGAGAGAGAAGCGAGCAAGCAGCUUGACAGCCGACGCGGUCCUGGCCCUGGUUUCCAGCCUAUACCUUUGCUGUGUGUUUGUGUGAGCGUGCUCUGUGAGAGCCGCUCCUAGUGUAUUAACUUAGUGCCUAGGCACUUCUAGGCUGAAGCGGAAGGGGUGAGCCGCCUUUUUCUUUGGAACAGUUUUCUCCUGUUUUCCGGGUUAGGGAGCGAGGGUUAGUAUUGUCAUUUGUUUGUUUUGUUUCUUUCUUAGGGUUUAGUUAGUUUUCUUUGGUGGGACUUAGUUGGUUUUGUUCAUUAUUUUGGCCUGGGUUCACCCUGGAGCUAUGCUUCAUUACCUUUAAUAAAAUCACCUUUUUUUACGCACAACUGGUUUUGGAUGUUUGGCUUGGGAACCAGGGCGGGUAUCUGUCUCUCUCUCCUCCAACCUUUAUGUGCGUCCCUACACGCCUAGACUGGGGGCGUAACAUAAAUGGGGGCUCGUCCCUUUUUGUUCGUGUGAUUGGUUCGCUUCCUUUUCGCUUUUGCGGUGGGGGAAGAGUCAUUGAGGGUGUGUGGGUAGACGGAGAGUUUCAUUCGUCUAUGCGUUAGGCGCGUGUUUUGCAGCCCUUUAGUGAGCGGAUGCUGUUAGUUGUCUGCAGAGUUGUGUUUUUCUUUUUUGUUUUGCUCGUGAUGUCGUUUGACAUGGAUGAUUUUGCACAACAGCCCUCCAUUGAGAAGUUGGAGCGGUGCACAAAAGCGGAUUUGCUAUAAGUGGCUAAUUUAUUCAAUGUGGAUGUUCCGUUGAAUUCUAAGAAGGCGGAAAUUAAACAGUGUUUGGUGGACAAACUGGUGGACAGGGGAGUGUUUGGGAGGAUGAAAACUUCGCCGGGUGGGUCUGGGAGUUUGGAGACGGCGGUGGGGGCGGAAGCUGCUGGGGCCGUCCCGAAACCUUCCAAGGGGCGAAUGACGUCGGGGGCGGAGGCUCCUGUCGCCGUUCAGUCUCCUACAUUUGACCCGAUUAGCCAGGUUGCGGCGGGUUUGGUGACGGAGGAUCUUAAGCUUGCCCUUCGCUUGAAGGAGGUGGAGCUGGAGGCUAAGGCUAAGGAAGUCGAGCUCAUGCAUCUUCGCAUACGAGCUAUGGAGCUGGAUCCUUCUCGAGCGAGAGACGCUACUCCCGUCCCUGUGAGUACACUCCCCGACACUUCCACUGUUGACCAGUUUAACGCUAGCAAGCAAAUUGUUUUGGUACCUCCUUUUAGGGAGGGGGAGGUUGAUUCAUAUUUUACUGCUUUUGAGCGCAUCGCAACCACUCUAAAAUGGCCAAAGGAUGUCUGGAGUUUAUUGUUGCAAUGCAAAUUAGUAGGAAGAGCGCAGGAGGUUUGUGCGAGUCUUUCCAUUGCUGACAGUCUGGAUUAUGAGGUUGUCAAAUCCACUAUUUUGCGGGCUUAUGAAUUAGUCCCGGAGGCUUAUCGGCAAAAGUUUCGUGCCUGUAGCAAGUCCGACAGUCAGACAUUUGUGGAGUUUGCACGUGAGAAAGCUGUCUUAUUUGAUAAGUGGUUGGCUGCCAGUAAAGUAAAGAACUUUACUCAGCUGAAGGAGUUGAUCCUGUUGGAGGAGUUUAAGACAUGUCUCCCUGAAAAUAUUGUGGUAUACCUUAAUGAACAGAAGGUGGAGUUACUGUCUAAAGCCGCUGUCCUUGCCGAUGAAUUUGUGUUAACCCAUCGCGCAGCACUUUCGACAGCACGCCGUGAGUACGCUUCCCCGACUCAGCAUGCCAAAAGUUAUAGGGUUUCUCCUAAGCGACAGACGCCUUCUGCUGCUAUUCCUGUGUCAGACCGCAAAUGUUUCUAUUGUCAUGAAAUCGGUCACCUUGUCGCUGCUUGUCCAUCACUACAGCGCAAGGAGCAGGCUCACACGGUAAGGAAGCCGAAAAGUGUUGGUUUCGUUCGUUCUAUGUCUGCUUCCACUUCACCUGACAAUGAAGUGAGAAGUGACAGCCUUGAUGACAGCUACCGUCCUUUUGUGUCGGAAGGAUUUGUUUCUCUGAACGGAAAGGAGGAGGAUCGGGUGCCGAUCACGAUUCUGCGUGACACUGGAGCCGCGCAGACACUUAUUUUGAGGGGUAUUUUGCCUUUUUCUGAUUUCUCUUUUUGCGGUUCAGAUGCUCUUGUCUGGGGAGUAAAAAUGGAUGUGUUGCGAGUACCACUACACAAGGUGUUUCUUCAAUCGCCGCUCGUUUCGGGUCCGGUAACGGUUGGAGUGCGCGAUCAUCUGCCAGUGCCCGGAGUUGCGAUGAUUCUGGGGAAUGAUUUAGCAAACGGGAAAGUGUUUUCUGCUCCGAGAGUGGUUGGGAAUCCUGUGCCGGAUACUUUGUUAUCUGACCUUGCUGCUGGGCGCUCACCCUCUGUUUUCCCCGCUUGCGCUGUAACUCGCGCGCACAAGCGCAAGUAUGGUGACGUUGAUCUGUCUGAUUCUUUUCUCUGCGCUGGUGGUGAGCCGGAGUCUGAAUCUAAAACCUGUGACCCGCUGAUGGGCGACUCGGAGGCGAUGCUGUCUGUUAGCCCAUCCGUGACAUCUCAACUGCCUUCCGGAGUUAACAAAAAGGAUUUUGUUUUGGCACAACACAGUGACCCGACUCUGGUGGGUUGUUUUUCAGCUGCCCACUCUAGUGACCAGUACCCUCGUGUUUAUAGUGUUGAGGAUGAUGUGUUGAUGCGUACCUGGUAUCCGCCUGCAGCUGGUGAUCUGGGUUGGAAUGUGUCUAGGCAGGUUCUGGUGCCUCAACAGUACCGGCACAAAGUUCUUAGUCUUGCCCAUGACAAUUUUUCUGGACAUUUAGGUAUUAGGAAAACCUACCACCGCAUUCUGCGCCAUUUCUUUUGGCCAGGACUGAAGAAUGACGUUGCUAAGUAUUGUCGUUCUUGCCACACCUGUCAGAUUAGCGGUAAGUCUAACCAAGUCAUUCCACCCGCUCCAUUACAUCCUAUCCCAGUGUUAGGGGAACCUUUUGAACACAUACUCAUCGACUGUGUUGGUCCACUCCCUAAAACAAAAUCGGGCCACCAGUACCUCUUGACUUUGAUGUGUGUUGCUACGCGUUUUUCCCGAGGCAAUUCCAUUGCGCACCCUUAAAGUUAAAUCAGUGGUUAAAGCGUUAGUGAACUUCUUUUCCACUUUCGGGUUACCAAAAGUUGUCCAGACCGACCAAGGCUCUAAUUUCAUGUCUAAGAUCUUUGCUCAGGUUUUGCAGUCACUUGGUAUCAAACAUCAAAAAUCCAGUGCCUAUCAUCCAGAGUCUCAAGGUGCACUUGAGCGGUUUCACCAGACCUUGAAAUCUAUGAUGCGGAAAUUUUGCCUUGGGUCUGAAAAGGAGUGGGAUGAGGGGUUGCCGCUGCUCCUUUUAGCUGUGAGGGAAAGCAUGCAGGAAUCGCUGGGAUUUAGCCCUGCUGAGCUGGUGUUCGGUCACACAGUGCGUGGCCCGUUGCAACUACUCAAGGAGAAUUUUCUGUCCGACACAGACACUCCUAAGGUAAAUGUGUUGGACUAUGUGAGCUCUUUUAGAGAGCGUCUGCAUAAAGCAUGUGCAAUCGCACGCGAUGCUCUCGUUGCAGCGCAGGGUAAGAUGAAGAGGACGUUUGAUAAGAAAGCUGUGCAAAGGAAAUUCGAGGUUGGUGAUAAAGUGUUAACACUUUUACCGGUCCCUGGUUCUUCUCUCCAGGCAAAGUUCAGUGGUCCGUAUAUAGUG